AUGCAGCUGCGCUGGAGUGGCCACCUGGUGCGCAUGGACGACGAGCGACUACCCAAACGACUCUUCUACGGAGACGUCGCGACGGGUUCUCGUCGUCAAGGAGGCCAGAUUCGCCGUUACAAGGAUACCCUGAAGUCUUCCCUGAAAUGCCUACAAAUCAUUCCUACCAAAUGGGAGGAGCUCGCACUCGAUCGACCGACCUGGAGGAGGACAGUGAAGACAGGCGCUGCGAUCUACAAAGCCAACCGCAUCGCUGCCGCCAAAGCGAAACGUGAAGCCCGCAAAUCACAAAUUCGCCCAGUAAGCAACGCAGCCGCACAACCGCUUCCUACGAGUCCUCGAUGUCAACGGACAUUCCGGGCUCGAAUCGGACUUGUUGGACAUAUUCGGAUUAACUGCGCCUCUCGAACGGCACCAACCAUCGUCCCCCCGCCUGCCUCUUCCUCCUCCUCUCCGCUGCCAACUAACCCUGACAAUUCUUCUGACCCACCAAUUCCAUCAUCCUCCUCCUCCUCCUCCUCGCCCACUGCUCCAACAGCGGCUGCUCAGGCGACUGUCCCACGCACAACAACCGACACUACCACCACCUCCCCCGACUCCAGGGAUGAGGAUCAGGACUACACCUGCCCUCACUGCGACCGUACCUUCACCUCACACAUCGGCCUGGUCGGUCACUUGCGAAUCCAUCGCACAGAGCCUGGCGAACCAGUGCGUGAAGCACCAACCUACACCCACCGCACUCGCCUCCACUGCCCACACUGCCCUCGUACCUUCAGGCAUCGCAUGGGCCUUUUCGGCCACAUGCGCAUCCACGAGAGCGGCCUUGACCGCACUCCCGACACACCCACCACAUCCAGCACAUCCACCGUGCACACCUCCACCCUCGUUCCAUCCGUCCGCGCCACCACCACCGCCUCCCCUGUAGCUGACACUGACACCGCCGACUUCUCAUGCCCACACUGUCCACGCACAUUCACCUCACGCAUCGGCCUAAUCGGUCACUUGCCAAUCCAUCGCACAGAGACUGACGCGCUUGAAGCUAUCACGGUGCGCUUAACGCCGUGGCUUGGAAGGUUGCCAACUGACGGGGUAACUUGGACCUCCUCCUUGACCGGAGGCGGUCUGAGAGUCAGGCUGCAAUGGCUCUUUUUUAAUGUGGCCUUUAUGGCACUCCCAUCACAGUGUGGGAUCCGAGCCAGGCGUUGGCGGCACGCCCAGGUGCGGCUUCGGUCGUGCCAGCCUCCAAAUCUCUCUUGUGUUGGUUGA